CUCCAUCCGAGUGCAGUCCAGCCAUCGCGGGCAAUUAAUUCUUUUUUGUGGACACCAUGUAUCGGAUUACAAACAUCUACCUUCUUGCCGCCUUCGGCACCAUCGGCGGUGCCCUGUUCGGCUUCGAUGUCAGCUCCAUGAGUGCCUGGAUUGGCACGGAGCAGUACCUGGAAUACUUCCACCAUCCGGACUCGGACUUGCAGGGUGGUAUCACGGCCUCCAUGUCUGCGGGCUCGUUUGCCGGUGCCCUCGGGGCUGGCUUCCUGUCCGAUCGCCUCGGUCGUCGUCGUGCGCUCAUGAUCGCCUGUGUGGUCUGGGUCAUCGGCGCAGCCAUCCAAUGCAGCACGAAGACUGUGGCCCAACUGGUCGCUGGUCGAGUCGUCAGCGGUCUGGCAGUCGGCGUUACCUCUUCGCAGGUUUGUGUGUAUCUGGCCGAGCUGGCUCCGGCGCGCAUCCGAGGCCGCAUCGUCGGGAUCCAGCAGUGGGCCGUGGAAUGGGGCAUGCUCAUCAUGUACCUGAUCUGCUAUGGCUGCGGCAAAGGUCUCGCGGGGGCGGCGUCCUUCCGGGUCUCCUGGGGCAUCCAGGGGGUCCCAGCCCUGGUUCUUCUCGCAGCGCUGCCGUUCUUCCCCGAGUCGCCGCGUUGGCUGGCCGGUCAGGAGCGUUGGGAGGAGGCCCUGGACACCUUGGCGCUUCUUCACGCCAGGGGGGACCGCAACGACCCCGUCGUCCAGGUGGAGUUCGAGGAGGUGCAGGAGGCCGUGCGGAUUGCCCGUGAGGCCCAGGACGUGACCCUCCUGUCGCUCUUUGGCCCCAAGAUGUGGAAGCGGACCGCCUGCGGUCUCAGUGCCCAGGUCUGGCAACAGCUGCUGGGAGGCAAUGUCGCCAUGUACUACGUCGUCUACAUCUUCAACAUGGCGGGAAUGUCCGGCAACACCACCCUGUACUCGUCGGCCAUCCAGUAUGUCAUCUUCCUCAUCACCACCGGCAUCAUCUUGCCCUACGUCGACCGCAUCGGGCGGCGGCUGUUGCUGCUCACCGGGUCGAUCCUGUGCAUGGCCAUGCACUUUGCCAUUGCCGGUCUGAUGGCCUCGCGCGGUCACCACGUGGACGAGGUGGACGGCAAUUCCAACCUGCGAUGGGAGAUCGACGGGGCUCCCGGCAAGGGAGUCAUCGCCUGCUCGUACAUCUUCGUCGCCGUCUAUGGCUUUACCUGGGCCCCAGUCGCGUGGAUCUACGCGUCGGAGGUGUUCCCCCUCAAGUACCGCGCCAAGGGCGUCGGUCUCUCGGCCGCAGGCAACUGGAUCUUCAACUUCGCGCUGGCCUACUUCGUGGCGCCGGCCUUCACCAACAUCCAGUGGAAGACGUACAUCAUCUUCGGGGUGUUCUGCACCGUCAUGACCGUCCACGUGUUCUUCUUCUACCCGGAGACGGCGCAGCGGUCCCUCGAAGACAUCGACAUGAUCUUCGAGACGAACAUGAAGCCCUGGAAGACCUCCCACAUCCCCGACCGGUUCGGCGAGGAGCUCGAGCGACACCGCCAGAAGAGCGUGGUGGACCCGGAGAAGGGGGCGGACACGACGCACGAUGAGAUGGCAUAGAUUUUAUAGGAUGAGACCUGGUCGGGAGGGGGAUCGGUCCGGGGUCGCGCGAGAACGAUUGUUCCGAAGUUAUAGAAUAUGACAGACAGAUCUCACGGUUGAUACACCGCAUGGCGAAUGGGGCUACAGCCACUGUAGAUUCUCG